AUGCCAGUUUCUCGACAUUCAUUUCGUCGUGUUAUUGGUGAUAUGGUUAAUCGUUAUAAUAUUAAAACUGAUUUAACUAACGGAUAUCAUUGGAAUACAAGUAGAUCAAAUAAAAAAACUGAUCGGAAUUCACUAAUUAGUAACGAUCCAUUAUCGUCACCACAAACAUAUUAUGAACGAUUACAUAAAUGUGAAAAAGAAGUACACCAAUCUUUAAGUUAUCUUGAUCAAGUGUUAACACAUAAUAAACUUGAAAUAUUAGCUAAUAUUAUAACAUCCUUAAUUGACAAUAUUUUUGAUAUUGAUAGUAUGUUGAAAGGAGUAUUUGAAUGUCAAUCAGAAUCAUAUAGAACAUAUCUUCUUACUGAUGUUUGUUAUUUAUUAGCUGAUCUAAUUGAAUGGUCGGAUAAAUUAUUAUUUUCAAAAAAACAUGAUGAUGAUGAUAGAUAUCGAAAAAUUGCUAAGGAUCUUAUGCAAGCUGUUAAAAUUUGUAUUAAUUCAUCGAUACAAACACGUUCUGAAUCAUUGCAAAGCUUUCAAUCAAUCAAUAAUUCUUUUGAUGAUUCUGUUCCAGCUCUUCCUCCUAAACGAGAAAAACGUCCGGUGAGUUCAUCAGCUUCAAUUAUAUCUACUCGUUCUCGAAAUACAGCAAGUCCAAGUUCUGUUCGAUAUCCACCCGCAUACGAAUAUGAUAAUGAAGAACGUAUACAAUUAAUUGUCGAUGAUAUUAAUCAGAUUGUUGAAAAAUAUACACGCGAACUUGAUGAUGCUGUACGUGCAAAUACAACAAUCAGAUCACCAUCAACUGAUUAUUUAUCUCAACCAAAUCAUUCAUAUAUAUCAUCAUGUCGUCGUAAUAGUAUUGAUACAAUAUAUGAAACACAUAUGGCAAGACAUUCUUUAAAAGAUAGUUUUAAAAAACAACAAAAAAACUUUAAUGAAAUUAAAGAACAUCAACAGAUAAAUUUAGUAAAUGAUCCACCACCACCACCAUUACCACCAAAACGACAAAUAGCUCGAGCAUAUAUGUCGUUAUUUGAUCGGUAUGAUCAAAAUGAAGCUGAAUUAUUUCUUCGUGAUACAUGUUUUGUGCCAUCAUCACAACGACGUUUUGAAGAUUUAUUUGAACAUGUUCAUCAACAUUUUCCUCAAACAUUAAUAUUUUCGAAUAGUGAAGAAUGUUUAAAAAAUAAAGAUGGAAUAACAAAAAAUCUUUACAAUAGAUCAUCUAAAGAUAAUCUUUCGAUGGAUCGUUUAACUCUCAAUAAUAAUUAUUUAAAUGAUGGAACAAAUCAAUAUACUACUGAUUUAUUUCUUGAAAGUAUAUCUCAUUUACUUGUUUUUAAUCUGAAUGAAGAUCCUCCAUUACGUGGUGGUUCCAUUGAUGCAUUGAUUAUUCGAGCAACAUCACCCGAUAAGAAAGAUUUUCUAUAUCAAGAAGCAUUUUUAACAACAUAUCGUACAUUUAUUACUCCGAGUGAUCUUAUUGAAAAACUUAUUCAACGUUAUAAAUUUUUUUCUCAAUUUGAAACAAAGAAAAAAAUUGCUCGAUAUGCUUUCUCACUUCUUAUUCGUGUUAUCGAUGAAAUCGAUAAUGAAUUAUGUGAAAAUUUAAUGAAGAAAUUAUUAAAUUUUGUUACAACGUUAAUUCGUCAAGGUGAACUUCAAUUAAGUAAAUUAUUACGACGAAAAUCACUUGAACGUUUUAAAAAAUUAAAAACUAUUCAUGAACAAUCACAACAAGAUAUUGUUUUGAUACAAAAUUCUAUAUCAUCCAAACGAGCAACAUUAUUUGAUUUUCAUUCAAUGGAUAUAAGUGAACAAUUAACAAUACUCGAUUCGGAAUUAUUUCUUAAAAUUCAAUUAUCAGAAAUACUUUAUAUGUCGAUUGAAAAAGGAGAAGAAUAUUCACCAAAUUUAGCUGUAUUUACUGAACAUUUUAAUAAUAUAUCAUACUGGGUACGAACUCGUAUACUCGAACAAAAUUCUCAACGACAACGUGAAAAUUAUUUUGAAAAAUUUCUUAAAAUAUUAAAACAUUUAAGACGAUUACAUAAUUUUAAUUCGUAUUUGGCUAUUCUUUCUGCAUUGGAUUGUGGACCAUUAACACGAUUAAAUUGGUCAAAAAAUAUCAGCGAUGCUGUUGCUGAACAUACUGAUCUUAUUGAUAGUACUGGUUCAUUUAAAAAUUAUCGUGAAGCAUUAAAUGCAUCUGUAGGUCAACCAUGUAUUCCUUAUAUUGGUUUGAUUUUAUCUGAUUUAACAUUUGUUCAUAUUGGUAAUUCUGAUUAUUUACAAGAUGAUCGUAUAGUUAAUUUUUGGAAACGAUGGCAACAAUUUACAAUAUUACAUAAACUUCGUUAUUGUCGAAAAUGGGAAUAUAAAUUUAUUCGUAAUGAUCGUAUUUUAUAUUUUUUUAAUAAUUUUGAUGAUUAUAUGACUGAAGAUGCACAAUGGAUACAAUCAGAAAAAAUCAAACCACGUCAAAAACCAAUUUCUUAUUCUUAA